CGGUUAUGCAACUACUGUGAGUGGUUGUGAAUUACUUUCGUUUACUUCGUAUUUAACUUGACAAGAAUCCGGCAAAUUUAUGUUUCAAUAUACUUAUCUGUUUAUAUGAAGAAUAACGUAAAAUAAGUAAAUAUGAAAACUGCGCCUGAUCCAAAAGACGUCCAGGAAUUUCAAUUCAAACAGUCACAUACUUCCCAAAUUUUAGAUGCCUUCACAUCCAUACCUAUUGCAUGCAGUUUAGUGACUGCAGAUAAAAGAAGGGGAUUAUUAUAUGUAGGACAAGAUGAUAAAAUAAUUAUUUUAAAACCUGGGGAAGAUAGCGAUCCAGAAUGGAAGUUAAAGCUGAAUAUGCCAAUACCCAUAUCUAAAUUAAUGCUUAAUUGUGACUGCUCCUAUUUAGCUGUGGCACCACAUGGACCUUUAAUUUUAAUUUAUGAUGCACAGGCACUUAUUACAAAUAACUUACAAUUAUUAUAUGAAAUUAGAGUUUCCUCAUCUCAUAUGGAUGCUUUUGUAAAUGAUCUAAGAUGGAAUCCUGCUGUACCAGGAAUGCUGUGUACCAUAGCUAGCGAUUACACAAUUGGUAGUUUUAAAAUAAAGGAAAAGAAAGAAAAGACAAUAGAGCUGAAAGCUUUAGAGAAAUUUAAUGAUUUGGAUGCUUUGUGUGCAGCAUGGAGUCCAAAAGGGAAGCAAAUAGUUAUAGGUUGUAAAAAUGGAAAUAUUGUACAAUUUAAGCCUGAUUUAAAAAUAGCCAGAACAAUUCCUGGACCUAAUCCAUAUAUCGGAGAAGUCAUUAGUAUUUUAUGGAUUAGUAAUUAUCAAUUUUGUGCUGCUUAUCUUGGUAGCGAACGAAAAAUCAAUGUUCUAAUAAUUGAUGCUCCUAAAGGCGAGACAAACGCCAUUUUCACUUGCUACGAAGAUAUCACAUAUGGAAUGACAGAUACAGAAGAAGAAGGAAUAAUUCCUCGUUAUUACUUUGAUCAUGUACCAGAAUGGGGUUUGAUCAUUGCUGCUAGCAGCAGCAGCAGUGAAGUAGCUGUGUUAGGAUCCACAGAUGGAGGAGUUACUUGGAAUCAAUGGCAAUUGGUUGACAGUGGUAGAGCUGAAUUACCAUUAAUCUGUACUACAGAAAGUUAUCCAGUGGGUUUAGCUAUUGAUAAAUCUCCUGUUCGGAAAUUACCAUGGAGUGCAGAUUCAACAUUACCCAUUCCAGUUCCUAUACUUCAUAUAGUUGCAACAUCUGGACAGUUAUGCAGCUUCCACAUGGUAAAUUUAAUUCCUAAUUGUCCUGCUAUUAAUUCUCCACCUAUAGAAAUAGUUACACCUCCUUUACCAUUACAAUCAAAUGCUAAUCUAUCCGAAACGUCUAUUAUUAUGAAUGGUGUGAUAACUAGUACACCUCGCCCUAAACUACCAGAAAAUGUUCCUGAACGUCCUAAACCAAUUCCUGCCGGAAAUAUUUUUGAUAAAUUUACCGAAGGAAAUAGUUUCUUUGCACAGUCCCCAGUUGAAAAACCUAAACAACUGGAACAAAAACCUGAAACUAUUAACACAGAAAUGAAAAUAGAACCAAUUCGAGAGACUUAUCCUGAAGAAGUAAAAUCGGAUACAAAAUUAGUACCCAUCAAAGAAACAGUAUCACAAGAAUCCGUGGAACAAAAAACAUCGGUGGAUGAUGAUAGUACAGAUAUUCGUGCUUAUAUAGAAGAACAUAACUUAUUUGAGAAAGAAUUGCGUAAUCAAUUGGAACCACCGACGUGGGAAUAUGGUACUGAAGAAGAACGUCUAAAACUUGUCAAAACGUCUAAUGAAAUCGAUAAGUUUCUUCGUCUAUUAAGAGAAACAACGAACAGUCUAUCUAGCGACAUUGCAUAUUUAAAAGCAUUGCUAUUGCAGUCGUUUGCAUGGGUUGAAGAAACCAAAUCGAAAAAUGCAGCUACUAAUGAUAUUACAACUAGAAAUUGUGGAGAUAGUAAUAAGAUAUCCGAUCUGCAGAAACUUUAUUAUUAUACUCAAACACAACUUAGCCAAGCUAGUAAAAUUUUAGAUUUAGGAUGGUCGGAUCAUACGUCUCAAGAAAUGUCGCGAAUGAAAAUUCCACAUUUGGAAUUCGUGUAUCAAAAUCUCGUAUUACAUGACAAAAUUAUACAAAAAGAAAAAAGCAAUGUGGAGCAGCUUAAAAAGCAAUGGAAACUAAUUUCUCGUAACAACAAUAUAUUUGGAUUGAAUCGUUCGUUAUCUAAUUUAAGUAUCACGUCAUCUAAAUCUUCAGUUUCUCUUCCAAGAAAUGCAGGAGUGAUAGAAGCGCGUUGCAAGGCUAUUGCUUCCAAAACUUUAAGUUUUACUCAAGAGAAACAAAUAAAAUUAAGAAAACAUUUAUCCAUUUCUACUCCGACAAUUAUAAAACCAGUUAAUCCUUCGCCAAUUCAACAUCGUUUGGAAGCAACUUUAUCCGCUUUAGCUUCUCUUAAUACAACAGUUGCUGAUGCAAAGAAUAAAACGGAGCAGCCUAUUGUAAAACAGCCGACAACUGCUAAACCAGCUGCUGAAAAACCAAAACAACAAAGCCCUUUAGCUUCGUUAAAUAGCAUUGUAGCCAGAAUUGGUACAAAUGAAACUAGUAACGCAUCGACGCAAAACAAACAACCUAGCUUUAGUAGUACUUUUCCAGCUGCACCUGGAAAUAAACUUCCACAAAUAGAAAAGAAGUCAACUGUACCGACAAUACCUACUGUAUCUCAAAGUGUUAAAUCAAAGCAAGAUGCUGUUACGUUUAGUCAAGUUAGCUCUUCAGCUCAUACUCUACCUAAUUUAAUGAAAUCGUUUCCUAAAGUUAACACUAUUACAUUCGGCACGCCAGUACAAAAAUCUGAAGAUGUACAAAAAUCUAUGCUUAAAGAAUCUAAUACAAAAACUGGAAAAGAAAAUGUAUCAAGUGAUCCCUUCAAAGUAGAAAAUAGUUUAUUUGGUACUGGCUCAUUAAAGGAUGUAUUAUCAGAAACCACGGCAGAAAGAGUGCAAGGAAUUCCUUCAAGUACCACAAUAAAGUUUGGAUUGCCAAUGUCUGCAACAACAGCAGUAACUGCAACUGCAACAAAGACUGAUGCAGCAACCACAUUUAGUUUUGCUACUCCAAAUACUGCUUCUGCAGUUGUAAAAAGUAUGUCACAAAAUGCGCUUGCUAUAUCACAAACAAGUGCUCAACCAUUUUCUUUUGCUUCAAAGCCUACAAAUACUACCGCUGCAAUUAAUCUAAAAAUUCCAUCAGUAACAACAACAGCACCUCAAACACAAGACUCGUUAAAUAUAUCAAAUUUAAUUGUAGGACUUCAAACACCUAAUCAGGCACAAACUAUGCCUACCAGUAAUGUUAAUACCGAAGGAAAGUACAAUUACAAACCCACAUUUGGAACAUCUAACUUUCAAAUGUUGUUGGGGCAACAUGCAUUGGCUACCACUCAGAUCUCUAUAAGUCUUGUAAGUGGAACUCUUCCGAAAGAUACAGUUACAACUGCAUCUUCAGUAACGAUUGAGAGUAUACCCACUCCUGAAUCAAAAGCUCCCAGCCUGACAACGAGUACUGUACAAGCUCUGCCUGCAUCAUCUACUGCACCCUUAUUUAGUAAUCAAAUAAAUCCUCCAAAUAUUUCUGUAUUUGGAGGAAUGUCGAGUUCCACACCAACUUCGUCUACAUUUACUGUUACAACCACUGUACCUAGCAUUCAAGCUACUACUACUACUGCUAGUACUACUAGUGCCUCUUCCGAACCAAUAUUUCGUGGUUUUAAUACCACUCCGGUAACGAGUACAGCCGCUGCAGCAGUAACAACUUGCAGUACAGUAUCUCCAUUUCAAAGUACUUUAUCAAAAUCUAAUUCUGAUAAAACUACAGUGAAUUUGUCUACACCAAACUCUACCACUGUUUCUACUACCGUUUCUACGCUUCCUUUUGGUAGCGUUACAACAACUUCAGUUACUUCAGUUUUUGGUAAACCACCUCUGGCAAUGAAUACUCAAUUUGCCAGUACUCCGGCAGUUUCUUCGGCUGCUAAUACCUUCGGCACACCAGUUAUCAGUCCGACUUCGAUGCCAUUCGGAGGUUCUACGAAUACAUCUAUAUUCGGUCAAAUGCCAACAACUUCAGCAAAUGCUUCGGUCUUCAGUGAAAGUGGUACUACCUCGAUCUUCGGUGGAAAUAGUCAAGCAUCGCCUUCUGCUUCUAUCUUUGGAGGAGACGCAUCCGCAGUGAAUACAUUUGAAACUCCUCAAAAAUCCAUUUUUGAAAAUAAUGCUCAGAAUUCAAUAUUUGGUUCGAUGUCAAACACUGGCUCUACGUCAUUCUUUGGUGGAACCAUGAAUAAUACUGCUCGGGGAGCAUCUUCACCCGGUUCACCGUCUGUAUUUGGUGGUGGAACAACAGGUUCACCACCAAUGGGUUUGGAACAACCUAGUUUUCGGCAGGCUCCUGCGUUUGGAGCUGCAUCAGUUUUUGGAUCACCACCUUCGUUUGGAGCACCAAAACUGGGAGGUUUUGGUGGUGGAUUUGGAGCAGCAACAUUUGGAGCUAGCGCGUCACCUCCAGCGUUUGGAAGUCCACCGGCAAUGGGAGGGAAUCCUGCACCAAUUGAUAACACCAUGCCGAAAGUUUUUGAAAGUGUAGACAGUAGCAACACAUUUGAGUCCUUAGCAAGCCAAUCGGGUGGUCUCACUUUCAGUAGCCUGGCGCAAAAGAAUGUAGAGGCAUCAAAAUCUCCAGUAUUUACUAGCGGUAGUUCUUUUUCCGCCUGGCGGUAAUGUACAAAUGUUUAAAUCGAAUUAAAUGAAUCGUCUCAUCAUUUUAAUAAAAAUAGAAAGCAAC